CCUUGCAUGAGGUCAGUGGCGUUUUCAUCUUGGUACGAAACGCUGUAACUUCCCGUGGCGAGUCCGGGUCUAGGUUGAGUUAAUAUCGAUCUCCCGACCUCUCGAGCCAUAUGAAACGGCCCAUCGAUGCACGAUAAGGGAUCAAUGAAGAAUGACAUAUUACGUCGAAUGAAAGGGUCGGGUCGUCUUGUGAUUCCAGGCUGGAUCAGAGAAACGACCGGCUCGGAAUCAGUGAGGGGGCUCGUCUUACCGGGGUGGCAAAAAUUACAGGAACCGCUCACCACAGCCCAAGGAGCAGCCAAGAUGUACGAAAUGCGGCCACGGACAGUCCCCAUCAGAAUACAGGGCCAUACCGAAAUCAUCGUAGCCAAGAUGGAAUCACAGAGGCAGUGUUUCAAUUUAUUCAGAACGGAAUACUGCAGGUUUGAACCGUCUGAUUGCAGGAAUGUUGAUGGCGGUGGAGAUGAUCAUAAACUGCAAUCUGCGAGCAUUGGAUCUCACGGGUGGGGACGAACGGCCGACGCUAGUCUGCUGAAGAACACUGCACCCGGGAGAAGAAGCAAAGAGAACACGAUAAACAAUCAGCUCCUGGAAAUGCGGGCCAUCCCCUUUGAUCUACCCUACAAGGGCCAACGAAAUGGUUUCGUCGAUGCGAAGGGAUCACAAAUCUGGAAAGAAUCGAUAGAAGCCCACGACAUCAGUUGUUGUUCGGUCCGAUCCAAUACAUCCCAUCCGACGCGUCAAGUGGCCAACUUUGUCCACCGCAAACAAGAUCUUGGUCAAGAAUCAAUUCAAGACGGCAAGUACCGAUAUCCCCAGAAUGGCGUGUUAUAUUCGACGAUCAACGGGUCCCCCAUCCGUGGAAAAUAUCCAACUUCAAGUGCCUACCCGUCUUUUCUGUCCUGGGAUCGAUCAUUCAUUAGCUUUUAUCCAAUUCCCGAAGCUAAGGAUUCAAUAGGAAAAUUAAUGAUCUCGGGUGUCAACGUUAUCAAUAUUAAUUUCCCGGGGGCAUUGGGCGUCAUCCCUAGCCUAAGAGAACAGAACUCGGUCGACUCCGUCAACCUUCCUCAAUUCACGCCCAGGUCAAGUUCUCUGCAACCUGGCCAUCUUCUACUAGUCUAG